UAAACAAAGUAAUGAACUAAAUUUCGUAGUGUAAGAAUAAGUUGUUUGUAAAUGAGCACACUCAGUGUUUCUCGAUUUAAUUAGCAACAAUGCACCAGCAUGAAACGAUGUUUCACAUUCGCACCGGUUUCGUUAGCUAGUGUUUUACCUUCCCGCAACAGCUUUUACAGCUAAACAAUUCUUUGGACACAUCAACACGGUCAGAAUCUUGUUCUGCACAUACCCAACCAAUAACUGUGCAUUUGAAGGCAUUAACGAUUUACCAACGCAUCGCUAAUUGCGGUAUGGCCGACUCGCGAGCAGACACGAAAACACACACUCACACCCCAACGAACCCCUAUUGGCACAGGGUGCAUCCAUUGUGCACACCUUCAAUCGCGAAUCGUUAUCAUAUAUCGCGCACGAGAAGGAAAGGUAUCGUAAUGGCCAUACAUCCACAAACACGCACUACACUGACUCAUACGUUGUUGGUUCAUGCGUAUGUAUCGAAGCAGAAAUAUGUACGAAACGGUCGGCUUUACAGGGAAUCAAGCUCCCAGCGAUCACUGUUGUCCGGCAGAAUGCAACACUCAAUGGAACACGUGGGUUGAGUGAUAGAUAUUGAGAGGAAUGCGUCGGAGGAAUUGCCAACCCAUGAUGUCUGCCCACGGAUGAAGGCGUUGAAAUAGAAUACUUUAAUGGGGGGAACAUUUGAUGCGCUAUUGUUACGUAGCUGAAAGCGUUGGUGUAUAGUACAUUAAAAGGCUUUUUGGUUUUGUUCGCAACGAAAUUGACCAUAGCUAUGGGCGUAGAUAUUUGUCAGCUUACAGCGAGUCACCCAUCGAGCGACUCGAUGGUAUAGCGAAUAACGUUAACAGUUCUCACACGACAGCACCGGCAUGGAAUCCCAGCAGAGAACUUUUUCGAUCUACGCAAACUCUAGUUCAAGAAGACACCUCUUAAGGAGAUCAUUAUAAAUUAUUAUUAGUCUUAUAAAUUACUACUAGUUGUAAAUUAUUGUCUUUCAAAUUACAAGCAUUUUAAGUAAAUUUUGUUAAAAUUUUAAGUUUAUCUAAAAUCUUUCUAAACUCAAAACAAAAAGGGAAGAAAAUAACACAUUUAUCUUACGAACGCAUUACGAUCACUGUCUAUUUUUAUUUCCCCUCAUUGUACAAUUAACGCCCCAAUACUUUGUCUCAUUAUCCCACUCAUUUUCAAUUAGGCAAAUCACAACAUUAAAAAAGGAAAAUAGAAUUAAAUCAUUCAUGUGCACCACACCCACCGAAACAUAGGAGUUGUCUGAAAGGGAACGGCACGGGGAUAGCGGGGGACGAGCCACCACCAUCUCUCGCAAAACAUAAACACCUUUAAUUGUGGUAAAUCCAUCCAGCAAGUCAUCAGUAAGCGAAAUAUGCGGCCGGAAGCUUGCGAAAUAUUGCGCGUGUAUAUUGCGCCGCGGCCCGUACAACCAUUCCCGGGACAGCAGAGUGCCAUGAAAGUAAGGGAAGGAAAAGCGAGAAAAACACACACCAACACCAAACACAAUAAACGCAUCCAAACCUGACCCACUUAAUAUGCUUGGGAAAAGAAGGGGUUUUUGCACCUACUUUUUUUUCGUUGCUGUUGUUGUUGAUUUCCCUUUCCAAGCUUGUUGUUGUUGGUUUUGUUUUUCUUUUUUCCUUUUCUUUCUAUUUUCUCCAAAAACCAUUCUUUUCUUUGUUUUUCCCUAAAAAUGCGACAGAUUUGUGAAGAAAGGUUGAAGGUUUUGCGAUCUGUCAACGAUCGUUUGCUCGUUUUACUUAGCUUUAUUUUUUUGUUGUUGGUUAAAGUUUCAGUCGUUUGUUGAAGCAUUGUCACUGAUCUUGUUCGAGAUUUGUGCGUCUUGUAAGCCAUGUGACAGGUCGAUCGACAAAGUGCGUGUGUCAUGAAGCGUGAAAGUCAACCGCUUGAUGUUUAUGAGCAUUGGGAAUUUGUCUUUUUUUUGUUGUUGCUCUUUCCACCGUCGAAGCAAUCAGGCACGUCUGGUUGUGCGUAGCUUAGCAACUGUUGCACGGGUGAGGAGAUAUUCAAAAAAUGCUGAGCUUUGCUAUCACUCCAUAUUACACUCUCUCUCCGGGAGGUGUGCGCCCUCUCUCUAUCUCUCAUUCUUUUGUUUGCGAGAGCGAAGAUGUAAAUGCAUUCUCACCACACCACCUCCUUUCCCAAAAGUGCAAUGGAAAACGCGGCUGAUUGCAAGCAAGUUUGUGCUUCGAUGGAAGGAAUGGUGGAUUAUUCUUUUGCGUGUAUCAGAGCUUGUUGCUUCUCUUUGUAAGAGCGCUUUCAUUCAACUGGCCGAUGGUGGGAAGGGAGGACGGGAAUGGGUGCAGGAAGUGGGCUUUAGCCUUCUCGUGUUUCUUGGCGUGCGCCCGUACUCCGUGACCACACCGGCACCACGACAACCAACCGAACAAGCAAAAACCGAGCGCCAUUCGGUGCCUGUUGGCCGGUCUGUUGGUUCAGUUUUCUCUCGCAAGCGGAUGGUGCAGCAUCGUAUCUACCGCUGCUGUUGUUGCCUUUGUUUUUUUCGGGGCCAUUUUUCGGCGACAGUUUGCACUGAUGGCCGGUCGUUAAGUAGUGCUGCUGCUGCAGGCCACACAAAUCGGGCGGAACAGUGGGAUUGAGCAAAAGUUGAACAAAAUAAAAGUGUGCCCAAGGAAACUGGUUCAAGGUUUUUGGAAAUUUUUAUUUUCCACCAAACCGUUCUGCAUGCGGCGGGCAGCAAGAAGCAGACCUCCGGAAUGGAUUUGCGCUCUAUUUCGUUGCCGUAAGAGUGGUUUGCUGCUUCCUGCUGUUUAGCACUUCGUCGUGGUGAAUGCUUAUUAUUGAACGGUGGUUGUGAAAAUAUGAUUAGUGCCAUCCUUUGUGAGACGGUGUGAAAAAAAGGAGGGAAGAGAAAAGAAAAAAAAACCAUCCCUUCUCGUCCUCGUUAUGCAUCGAAAUCGAUAAUUAUGUCGCAUUGUGAUCGUACGACAGCUGGCCCACUACCAGUCGAUGGCAAACCAGAGUUAGGUGAAAUGCUGUCGUUCGACGAUUGCUGGGCCGAGGUCAUUGGUGCACCCGAAGGUGCAUUGUCGGUGCAGAACGGUACGACUGUGACAAACGGUGCAAAUCCACCGGAUCGACCGAUCGCCGUACGAUCGGGAAUGAUAAUCACCCCGCGUGGGGCCCCAUGACGAGCGAGCGUAAAUCCACAUCGAAACACAAACCAACUACCAUUGUUGGCCAUUGUUUGUUGCUACUGAAGAAAUGGAGAUGACGCCAAGCCGGUAGUUAAGCACGAGAGCGAAAGUGUGGAAUAAAAAAAAGUGUGACGCUACAUGUGCGCAACAUUAAUCCGUUUUGAUGGGAAAACUUAACCGUUCGAUGGUGAAGUCAAUAGACGAAAAACAAUCCCCUCUUGUAAGCAAACGACAAGCAAACAAUUAACGUUGAAUGAGAAGAUGAAAUCAAAACCCCCCGCGCUGGUUUGCGUUUGGCCUUUUCUCGCGAAGUGUGUGUGUGUGUGUGUUUUUUAUUGUCUUUCCACAAACAAAUGGAGUGUCAACAAACUGUUGCAUACGUAAUCUAACCGACAAGUCCGGAACCGUGAACUAAAUCGGGGAAACAACAACAAAAAAUGUACUAAAAACGCAACACAACAAAAAAAAACCACAAACGAUUUGUACGGAAGUGAACCGAACGCACGCUUCGACAGCUGUUUUGUAAACUAUUUAUGUGCCAAAUGUUAGCAAACAACCGAAACAAACAAAAAAAUAAGGUUUUAAGUUUUACAACCUUACCGGUUUUUAUUUGCCACUAAAUCGGGAAGUGAAGUUUGGUGUGGAAAGCUGCUCUGUUUUGUUAAGUUUGUUUUUUAAGUAACGCGGCUUAAGAACCAUCUAGUAUAGUAAGGGGGUUUUUUUAAACACAUACACGAAGAAGAAAAACAAAAAGCUCACACCCGUCCAUUCAGUCAGAAUGAGGAAAAUGGACGUUAACAAUGCUAAAUAUUUGCUCGAUUAUCUCUACUACACGAGAGAUGAUGAACAGUUUCGUUUCUACAAGAAGUCAAGAUCAUCAAUAUUUCGCGGUGUGAUACUGUGCCUCUGCCUGAACCUUACCUUCGCCAACGUGGUCCGGUUCCCACGGGAACUGCAGCUGCAUGGAUCCGCCUUCCUAGUACCUUACGUUAUACUGCUCCUUCUAGUCGGUCUCCCGGUGGUACUGCUCGAAAUAUCACUCGGUCAGUUUCUUGGCCAAGGUUCGGCCCACAUGUGGCGGGCGGCUCCCUUCCUGAAGGGUGCCAGCUUGGUGGGACGUAUUGCUUCGUGGCUGGCAGCGAUAUGGACAUCGAUGCAAUCCGUGAUUGCACUGCUCUACAUCGGUAUGCUAGCAUUCAAAUCUGUGCCAUUGCGGGAGUGCUCCAAAUCGGUUACGAUCAACCCGCAAGCCAUUUAUAAUGGUUACGACGUACAGCAAAGCAGUGGACAGGAAUGUUUGAAAUUAACAUUUCUCCGUCCAGUGUGGAGAAGCUCGCUGUACUUUGGCUUGCUGGCGUUGAGUCUUAUACUGCUGUGGGUCAUUUCGAUGGUGUGUACGCACAGCGGGAAAAUCAAUCGACGAUCGAUCUAUCUGUUCGGUUUUGUAGCGCUAAUAGUGUUGAUCUUCGAAACCGGCUGGGAAGUAACGAAAGCGAUCAACGAGCAGUACUUCCCCGACCUAUGGCCGUUCCAUCCGGAAUCGUUCGCGGACAGUACGGUGUGGUUCAAUGCGCUCGUACAGGUGAUCUACUCGCUAAACAUUGGUUUCGGUGCGGUACCGGUACUGACGGGCAAAUUCCUUUACAAAGGGGAUGCGAUCAAGACCUCAUUCGUGUAUAUGUUCUUUAACAUACUCAUAACGGCGAUCGCGGUGUUAUUCUACGUGUUUCAGUUUAACAACAGCUUCACCGAGUCACAUCCCUUCUAUCCGGAGCUGAGCACCCUUACCGUCAUUUACGAUCGGGCCAUAUCCGUACAGGAGUCGGAUCCGACCCUUCAACGGUUGAUACCCGCGCUGUCGUACACGAUGAUCUUCAUCUCGUCGCUCGUAUCGAUCGUCAUUUAUAUAUACACCUCGACCCGGAUUAUCCGGAAGCAUCCGAACUAUACCGUGUGUCUAGCGGGGCUAGUAGUCGCGAUUGCCGGUUUGCUCUGCCCCAACUACAUCUUUCCGCGCAUCCUGGACACGCGUAUCGUCGGUUCGCUAGCCGUGUGUGCGAUGAUCUUCGAGAUCAUUCUCAUCAUCUGGGUGUAUGGUUCGAAGAAUCUCUACACCGAUCUAGAGUUCUCGCUCGGCCGGCCCGUACUGAAGGCGUGGCUUUUCAUCUGGGGCUUCAUUCCGGUGCUGCUGAUGGCGCUGCUAUGCUGGUGGUCGAUCACGUACUACGACAAUGAUCUGCUGAUCGAUUACUUCCCCAAGUGGUUGCCGGUCGUGUUCAGCCUGUCGGUGAUCGUGCUACUGGCUUGUGUGGAAAUUAGCAAACAGGUCGAUUACAACGUGUUCAGCAUGAUACACGGCGCUACGAAACCGUCGAAGGAUUGGGGUCCAGCGGAUCCGCUCGUACGGCACGCCUGGAAGCAGUGGAAAUCGGUCUGCGAAGAUACGGGCGAGCGGGACUUUACGUUGCGCCGGCGCGGCACUAAGGACUAUACCAACUCCAUCAAGAAGGGCCAGUAUACGCAUUCGCACAAGUAUGGCGCAUCGUCUAAUCGUAACCUUUCGACGGCGGGCAGUAAUUCCCCCAACUACAGUGGGUCCGUGUUUGGCGAUUCCGCCAUCGAGGAAGACAUGAGUGUGGAGAAGUAUCCGCACUACAGUAAACACUCCUCGCAGCAGCAACAGCACACGACGGGAGUGGCAAAUCAUGGGGGAUAUGGUAUGGAUACGCCACCACCCUUACCACCGCUUCCCCUUACCGAAACUACCGACGAUGGUUCUCCGCGCAUAUCGGCUAACUCGCGGAAAUCUUCCCGUGCGACAGAUCACACCAAACGUACGCCAAGUGACCGUAGCCAGGCGGAUCUGUUACCGAGCAAUGGGCGUAAAACGUCCGACAAUAGUUUCGGGUCGCGUAUCGACAUCAUGCCAACGGACGAUGAGGUGACGGGCGGGUUCGGAAGAAGUACAGCUGUUGUGCGCAAUCCACUGGCCAAGGGUCAUCAUCAUCAGAACCAUCCGAACGUUGGACGGCACUAUCAUCAUCAUCAUCACCAUCUCAGCACUACCCCUACCGGGAACGGUAUGGCGGUGCCGGUACAUGGUGUGAAACCAAAUGGCGUAUCCUAUCACCAGGAUGGUGGACCACGGAAUGGUGGACCGAACGAAAGCGAUCGACAACAGGGUUACAAUCGGGACAUUUUCAUCAGCAAUGGGCACGCACCGACCGGGGGCGACCAUAUCUGCUGGCGGAAGUUUUCGAUCAACUCGGAAGAAUACUCGACGGAGCUGUAGGGGAAAGGAACCUGUUGAAUGUGUUACGUGUUACAUUUUUGUUUCGUUUAUGGUUCUUUCGUUGCAUGCGUUUAACCGUUUUCGUGUUUUUUUUUUUGUACAUAAUAGACAAGUGCUAGGACACCAGAAAUAGAAAGUACCUUGCGUACCCUACCACAGAACCCCUUUCGUUGGUGGGGAUGGGUUUAAGGGGUAUAUUGGGGUACGGUAGUAAUGGGACUGAUUUCAUGCGGACACGUGUAUUCGUGCGCAAACAAAAUACGGGACAACAUUGGAAAAUGGGAGGGUUUUUUUUUGUGCAUAAGAUGUCGCAACUGUGACCGAUCGGGUUAUUAUUUAUUCGAAUCGCAGAAUCCUCAUUCGAAUGUGCAUGCAAGAGUAAAGUGUAGAAAGCUUAAAAUAAAACAAAAUAGAAAACAACUUUAAACCACUAAACGAUGUGAUGUUCAUCUUCAAAAUACACUAGGCGUCGUCAUUACCGCAAAACAAGGAAAAUUCUUCGGAAAAUAAGUGAUCUUUUCGACGUUAUACAACUCAAAACAGCAAACUAUCACAAAGCUAGGCAACUAUCAGGCAAACUAUUUCGAUUAUAAAGAAAAAAAAACCAUCCACCAUCCGGUGUGAUUUAGGCUCAGCUGUUAUGGUAGUGUUUGUUGACGCGUGAUGAUGAACGGUGGUUUAAAUGUUUAAUAUAACUGUGUUUAAAGAAAUUUGGGAGGUUUUUGUAGCCGAAAUAAUACCUACGCAACUUCCUCAUUAGCUGAGAAUGGCGCAAAACUAUUCUUCGCCAGUCGCACUUCAACGUAAGAGCAUUGUACAUAACAAUACGAUGAUGGUGACCUGCGCUAUUGUGGGUAUCAGGGGCGAUAGUAAUAAAAAUGGUUACUUGAGAGAGAGAAAAAAAGGUGCUACUGGA